UCACUGCAGGCAGAUCUGCCCCUCGUUGUGAAACGGGGCUUUGCACACUUUCUGAAGCCCAGGGAAUUGGUGCUGACUUCCAAGCUGCCUGGUGGAAGAAGAGAAAGUUGAUCUGCAGACCCUGAGGGGAGAGGGAGAAGCCCCUCUCCCCUCCCCCUACCACAGCACCAUGGGCAACGUUUGUCUGAGAUUCUGGGCAUACUUGCGGCCCUGUCUCCCCUGCUUGUUUCAGGAGGCUGACAAGCCAGGAGUGGUGAUUGAGAACCCCAUGGCCCGCUGCUCCCCCGGUCCUCCCCAGCUGCAGAGUCAGGAGCCCGGGAGAAGCCACGGCCACUACUUUGUGGCUCUGUUUGACUACCAGGCUCGGACCGCAGAGGACCUUAGCUUCCGCACGGGCGACAAGCUCCAAGUCCUGGAUACUUCCCGGGAGGGCUGGUGGUUCGCCAGGCACUUGGAGAAAAGGGGAGAUGGCUCUGGCCAGCCGCUGCAGGGCUAUAUUCCUUCUAACUAUGUGGCUGAGGACAGAAGCCUGCAGGCAGAGCCGUGGUUUUUUGGAGCAAUCAAGAGAACAGAUGCAGAAAAACAACUAUUAUAUUCAGAAAAUCAGACGGGUGCCUUUCUAAUCAGAGAGAGUGAAAGCCAGAAAGGAGAUUUCGCCCUUUCAGUUUUAGAUGAGAGGGCUGUGAAACACUACAGAAUCAGAAGGCUGGAUGAAGGGGCAUUUUUCCUUACCCAGAGAAGAACCUUUUCAACACUGAAUGAAUUUGUGAGCUACUACACCAAGACAAGUGAUGGCCUGUGUGUCCAGCUGGGAAAACCAUGUUUAAAGAUACAAGUACCAGUGCCUUUUGAUUUGUCGUAUAAAACCGCGGACCAGUGGGAGAUAGACCGCAAGUCCAUACAGCUUCUGAAGCGAUUAGGAUCUGGGCAGUUUGGGGAAGUGUGGGAAGGACUGUGGAACAACACCACUUCAGUAGCAGUGAAAACAUUAAAACCAGGUUCAAUGGAUCCAAAUGACUUCCUGAGGGAGGCACAGAUAAUGAAGAACCUAAGACAUCCAAAGCUUAUCCAGCUUUAUGCUGUUUGCACUUUGGAAGAUCCAAUUUAUAUUAUUACAGAGUUGAUGAGACAUGGAAGUCUGCAAGAAUAUCUCCAAAAUGAUGCUGGAACAAAAAUCCAUCUGCCUCAGCAGGUGGACAUGGCCGCGCAGGUUGCCUCUGGGAUGGCUUAUCUGGAGUCCCAGAACUACAUUCAUAGAGAUCUAGCUGCCAGAAACGUCCUGGUUGGUGAACAUAAUAUCUACAAAGUUGCAGAUUUUGGACUUGCAAGAGUUUUUAAGGUAGGUAAUGAAGACAUCUAUGAAUCCAAACAUGAAAUAAAGCUUCCAGUGAAGUGGACUGCGCCCGAAGCCAUCCGUGCUAAUAAAUUCAGCAUUAAGUCCGAUGUGUGGUCAUUUGGGAUCCUUCUUUAUGAAAUCAUUACUUAUGGCAAAAUGCCUUAUACUGGCAUGACAGGUGCUCAGGUAAUCCAGAGAUUGGGUCAAAACUAUAGACUCCCUCAACCACCUAACUGUCCAGCACAGUUCUACAACAUCAUGUGGGAGUGUUGGAACGCAGACCCUAAGGAACGGCCAACAUUUGAGAAACUGCAUUGGAAACUUGAAGACUAUUUUGAAACAGACUUUUCAUUUUCGGAUACAAACAACUUUGUAAGAUGAACACUGAAGAAGACAAUUCAAUAAUGAAGUAACAAAAGAGUUCAAUAAUCAGUCCAGAAAUAACAACCUUAUUAAUCGACUGCCAGAAGAGCUUACCUCGACAUAUUCAAGUGAGAAGGUCAACUUGGCCGUGUAUUACGAAGAAGAUUGUAUGUACACUUCAUUGACUGGGCAACACUGCAGGACAGUCUAAGAUGAUAUUUUAUCACUGUCUGGCAAAAAUCAAACACAUAAACACAGUUACUUUUCUUUUUUAAAAAAAUACUUACAUUUCUAUUUAUUGUUUGAAAUACUGAUCAAGAGGAUCAACAGAUGAUAGUCAAUUUUUACUCAGUGACUGUUGUAGCAUUUUCCUGUUUACUGAUUAAAGUGGUUAUUCAUUA